CCUUCGCGGGACGGGGAGAGGGAGCUGGCAAGAUGGCGGCCCCGGCGGGCGCGGAGCCGAGCGUUAUGGAGGGGAAACUCACUUGGAUUAUGUUUCUCAGCUGGACUGCAUAAAUAUUAACAAUGGAUAAGUGCAAACAUGUUGGGCGACUGCGGCUUGCCCAGGACCAUUCCAUACUCAACCCUCAAAAGUGGCAUUGUGUGGACUGUAAUACUACAGAGUCGGUAUGGGCCUGCCUCAGCUGUUCCCACGUGGCUUGUGGAAGGUACAUCGAAGAGCAUGCACUGAAGCACUUUCAGGAGAGCAGUCAUCCCGUUGCAUUGGAGGUGAACGAGCUGUACGUGUUCUGUUACCUCUGCGACGACUAUGUUCUGAAUGAUAAUGCAACCGGAGACCUGAAAUUGUUGCGAAGUACGCUGAGUGCAAUCAAGAGUCAAAAUUAUGACUGCACCACUCGCAGUGGAAGGAUUUUGCGGUCUAUGGGGGCAAGCGAUGACUCUUACCUUUCCCAUGGCGGUGCCCAAGCUCUGCUUCGCAACGAAGAUCAAAUGUUUACUGCUCUGUGGCAUAGGAGGCGUACUUUAAUGGGCAAAGUGUUUCGAUUUUGGUUUGAACAAACUCCCAUUGGGAGAAAGAUACUGGAAGAAGAAAGGCUGCAGGAAGAAGCAGAAGCCAAAAGGGAGGAAGUUAGAAAAAGACGGCAGGAGCUGAAGCGGCAGUUGAAAGCAGAAAUGGAGCGAUUGCCUCCGAGGAAGAGCUCUCGUUUGCAGUGCCAAGCCACAUCAGCCUUCGAGAAUGCAGCGUCACCUCACGCCCCAGCCUCACCGGCAAAACAAAAUGAACUAUCUACCUCAGAUGAAAUAAGGCCCAAAAAGAUAGGCGAGUCGCCAAUUAAACGAAGGCCGACGGUGACUCCCGGUGUAACCGGAUUGAGAAACUUGGGCAAUACCUGCUACAUGAAUUCCGUUCUGCAAGUUUUGAGUCACUUGCUGAUUUUUCGGCAGUGCUUUCUAAAGCUCGAUCUGAACCAGACCCAAGAGUUGCUGGCUACAGCUGCUAGUGGGAAAACGAGAUCCUCUUGUAAACACCCGUCCGUCUCAGAUUCAGUGAUUCCAAUGCAGGAGAACCCAGAGAAAGUGACAGGCUCCCCGCUCUCCAGGCGUCCAAGUUUAUCUUCGGGCUUGAGUGGCGGGGCAUCAAAAAGUAGAAACAUGGAACUUAUUCAGCCCAGGGAGCCCAGUUCGAAGUACAUUUCACUUUGUCAUGAACUGCAUACUCUCUUCCAAGUUAUGUGGUCCGGAAAGUGGGCACUGGUGUCUCCUUUUGCUAUGCUCCACUCGGUGUGGAGACUGAUACCAGCCUUUCGCGGCUACGCCCAACAGGACGCUCAGGAAUUCCUUUGUGAACUUUUAGAUAAAGUACAGCAUGAAUUGGAAGCAACUGGUACCAGGUACCCUGCUCUUAUUCCAAGUUCUCAAAGGAAACUUAUAAAACGAGUUCUGAAUGUGGUCAAUACCAUUUUUCACGGACAGCUUCUCAGUCAGGUUACAUGUCUUGCAUGUGAUAACAAGUCAAAUACAGUAGAACCUUUCUGGGACCUUUCAUUGGAAUUUCCAGAAAGAUACCACUGCAAUGGAAAAGAAAUGGUCUCCCAAUAUCCAUGUUUGGUUACGGAAAUGUUGGCCAAAUUCACAGAAACCGAAGCUUUAGAGGGGAGAAUUUAUGCGUGUGACCAGUGUAACACAAAACGUAGGAAGUUUUCCUCAAAGCCAGUUAUACUUACAGAAGCACAGAAACAGCUGAUGGUCUGUCGACUACCUCAAGUUCUGAGACUACACCUCAAACGAUUCAGAUGGUCGGGACGUAAUCAUCGAGAGAAAAUAGGAGUGCACGUGAGCUUUGAAGAAAUUCUCAACAUGGAGCCCUAUUGCUGCAGGGAAUCCGUCAAAUCCCUCACACCAGAUUGUUUUAUAUAUGACUUGUCUGCUGUGGUGAUGCAUCACGGAAAAGGAUUUGGCUCAGGACACUACACCGCAUACUGCUACAACUCUGAAGGAGGAUUCUGGGUACACUGCAAUGAUUCCAAGCUCAGUCUGUGCACUAUGGAAGAAGUAUGCAAGGCACAAGCUUAUAUUUUGUUUUAUACCCAGCGUGUUACUUGGGGAAGUGAACACUGUCAGUUCUCAACUGAGGCAUUGCCUAGUUGCCAACAGUACACUGAAGAAAUUGAGAAUUCUUGCGAAAGCAGGAGCUGAUCCACAGACAAUGAAUGGUUUUGGUAACUUGUACAUAUAUGAACUGAUUGGUUUUUGUACUUUUUUAAAUUUUCAUUUUGGUGAAUCAGUGUACACUGUUGUUUAUACAUUUAGCCAGUUGAAACAAGUGGUAUAAUUUAACAUAUAUAUUGUCAGAAGGAAUUUUUUUAAAAGCACCUGAAUUUCUUAUACAGCUAUUUUUUUAAAGAAAAGUAUCUAAAUUUUACCUUACCUCAGGAGUUUCUGCUUUUUCUAUUUUGAUAGUCCUUAAUUGGUUUUUUGAGAUUGUGUUUUUUUAUCGGGUGGUGAUUUUUUGUAAUGCUGGUUUUAUCACGUGUAAGAAAUAGCUUUUUAGCAGAUCUUUCCUACUGUAUCGACUAAUUUCUACUAGCUCUGGAAAUUAGCUAUUUUCUGGAUUGACUAGGUAGUUCACCAAAAACAUUUUCCCCCAGGAUUGGUAAUGUUGAAGCAAACUGAUCCCAACUGUCUGGCCUGUUUAGGUCAUGCUCUUCACAGUUCACUUACAUAGUACAGACCAACUCAUCUUGAGAUGUUAUUUGGCUGCAAAAGCUAGGCCAUAAAAAAAAGGUCUUAGUUGUUGGAAAUAAUGAUUUAUGAGGCCAUGUGGCAGCCUAUUAAUGGGCUUGUAUAUUUAAGUGAAUUUAGUUCAUGGUUAAGGGAGUAGGCCUGUUGGCAACUGAGCGGUAGGAUCUUUAAACUGUUGUUUUUUAACAGCAUAAAAUAAGUUAGAUUCUAAUUUGUACAGCUGAAUUGCUGCAGUUUAAAAAAUUAGUUUUUCCAAGUUCCAGCAGCAUAGUCCUUUACCAGAAGUAUGAACUGAAAUACAGCAUGCAGGGUAAGAGGUUGAAGCACAAGUUCAUACUGGUGUGCACUUAAUUGGUAAAGUUAGCACUUCGUAUGUGCUGUUUUAAAUGAAUAAAAUCAGUCUUAAUUUGAAUGUGUGCUUGAGCAGCCAAAGGUCUAAGCACACCUCUGUUUUUCCGGAAGACUACAGUGAAUUAUUCUUUUGAUUGAAGGGGCUCUAACAUUCAAAGCUUCCCUCUAACUUUAGGUCAAUUACUACUCCCCAAUUUUUUUUUAGAAUGGUAGCAUUUCCUUUAAGAGACAAAGUCCUCAGGGAUAAGCACAGACAAGUAUCAAUCUUCUUCCCUUUUUGGAAGUCCAGUUCAGGUGGAAUGUCAAUAAAAUUCAAAGCUGAGAAGGGGAGCAAACCACUAAUUACUGCUGGGCUAGCUACAUUGUCUUUAGUUUAUGGACAGUGAUCCCUCUUUACCUUCAGUAGCUGUUGGAUUGUCUCAGAGGAGUGGAAGGAUGAUUUUGGGUGACAGCCUAGCAUUAAACAGUUUAAUUUAGCACCACACUUCCAGCAGGAAUCAAAAAGUGUAUCAUAAAAAUGGGAGCGAGAGUGGAUUUUGAGGCAGCCUUUCUCCACCAAAUCUAUUGUACAAGGGUGAAAGAGGCCUUGAUGUGCAAUGAGAAUUUACCACACAUUUUUCCCGGAAUAGUUUGUGCCAAAAAAAACUUGCAUUAGUUUAAUACUAGGAUGUGAAAUUGUGCAUUUCAUAUACUAUGCAAGUCAUUACCUCAAGUUAGAUCACUAUACCUCAAUAAAACUUCAUGUGGCCAACAC